CUUUUCCGCAGCAGGAUGGCAGGAAGAAGGAUUACUCCUAUUUUAGACUCUUCAUCCAUGCAUCCCAGGGUUCAAAACCAAAGGAGAGUGUAAGAGUCAAAUGGACUUUGUGAGGUUUAAUGUCUUCUGAGGAGUGUCAGCAUGACACCUCAAUAUAACGCACUCCUGCUAGUCUUCGGUUUUUCGCUAUAUGGUACCCUAUCUGCUGUAUCUCUAAAUAAAGAUGGCAGAUCCCACUCUUGGACCAAUACGGACAAAUUCACAGAGCCAGCGAGCAGCCCACCAUGGACGCCCCGGACCAACAAAAUGGAAGUGACUACUCCAACCAUCCUCCAUUUAUUCCUAAGUGUAUUACAGUCAGAGGAGGCUAGCAAAGACCAUCAGAGUCCAGAGGUCUCUAUGGGUGACCAUGGUUUGUCAAAACGUUCUGCUUCAAGAACUCCAUGGACCAAGACUUUCACUGAGACUGAUAUUCCUUCAGACAUCCAGCAGGAUGAAGAGGGACCUCAAAUGGAAGCAUUACGAUUGGCCUGAUCUUAGCAGACAAGGCCGUAUUGACCAAUCAUCUGAAACGUCUUCAUUUACAACACUGCAGCCUUCAACUUACCCAAACUCUCAGACGUGGAGUAUGGAGUUUAAGACACCUAUAGUUUGGAAUACAGAGACAUUUACGUCUCAAGCUGGGCAGAGUACAUCUGAAAAGAGAUUUAACAUUUACCAGACACUUUACCAGUCCUCAGGUACCACUCAGACACCAUAUGCCAGAGGAACCUUAGAUGGUACCAAUUUGCCAAGAGGGUUGACAGACUAUCUGUGGUCAUCUGAGGAAACAAAGGAUUUGACAGAUGCCUUUACAGUUAGUCGGAAUUUGAAAAGACCUGACAGUAAAAGAGAGGACGGGGUGAAAACUGAGGCAGUAGAACGAAUGACAAAGAAGCAAAAUGCGCAAACGACCGCCAAUGUGAUCAAGGUCACUGAAACACGUCCUCCAGCGUCUCCAGCUGCAGACUGGCAUGAGUCCACCACAGACUGCAACCUGGUUGCCAAUGGGAUCUGUCAGCCCUCUGACUCUUUCAGGAAUCAUGCUUCAACUAACAACACUCUGUCAACUCCACCCCCUGUUUCUGAAACCACACCCCCUGAAGUCAUAACCCCACCCAUCGAUGCUCUGACUCCACCUCUACUAGUCCCUCUGCUCACAGACUGGAACGCCGCCAUGGCGACAUGGGGCCUUGCAUGGGAGUUGCAGGUUUACGGUCUCGGUUGCGUGUUCUUGCUCGUGGCUGCACUGUCUGCACUAAGCCUGAUGUGUCUGCCCUUGCGUUGGCCCUCUGGCUGUGCCCACUUCAGCCUUCUCCACUUCCUCCAACUGCUGAUUGGUUCCAGUCGCUCUUUGUGGCUGCUCUAUGACCCAUACGGCCAACAAGAGCGCAUCCCGGUUGCCUGGGCACGACUGCUGCAGGAAUCCGCCUAUCCUUGUCUUACGGCAGCAUUUGGAUUGCUGUUGCUACUGCUUACCACGCGCUCCUGCACACAGCUACUGACCCAAAACACUCUACAGCGCAGCUCCUACCUGUUGGCUGCACUGGUGCUGCUGCAUGUCACGGUUUCCAUGGUUUCCAUGGCGAUACUGCAGCUGUUUCCCACCCUCAAAGUUGCGCCUCUGAUUCCGCCUACAGCCUUCUGUUUGAUGUCCACUCUCUUGUCACUCACGUACCUGCUUUUGUACUUCUGCGCCCAUGCGGGUACCAAGCACAUCUACCAGCUUAGCGAGAAUUCGCCGGAGCAUCCGGCCUGCCACGCCAGCCGAUGUCCGUUCACAGAGGCACAUAUGUGGGAAAGGGCGGCCAGGGCGGGAGUGUUCUCUGCCCUAUUUCUUCUAGCAUGUGCCGGCCUAAGACUCUACGCCAUGCUGAAUGCAGUAGGACUUAACGAGACCGCCAUGAUCGGCCUGAUGCCGUGGCCCUGGUGGGGUUUUCAGCUCAGCUGCAGAGUGUGUGAAGCUGGCAUGUGUCUCACUCUUGCUCUCGCAAUCACUCACCCACUUCUUUGGUGUGGAAUGCCCCUUUCUAAACCUGGAGGCUGCCGCUGGCUCUUCAAAAAGUCACCAACAGAGGAUGACAUAUCCUCAGCCAAACCCUCCAUUCUCUCUAGUCGCUGUGGCUGGUCAGUACGGACUGCAGAGAACAUUGUACGGCAGGAAAGUGAAAGUGUGCCACUCUACACCCUGGUGGAGUUACCACAUAGUGAAUCCGAUGGUUUGGAUCUCCACUAUCCCAGCAGCCCUCAACGUGAGCUUCCCAUACAGAUCACGCAAACCACAAAGCUUGAAAGCUUGGAUGGUGACUCCACGGUGGAUCUUCGGCCUCCUUCGCCCAUUGACCUGCGACGGAGCAUUGACGAGGCAUUGAACAGCGAGGCUCUGUUCCAGCAUAGCCUCUUUGGCUCUUCCAGGCUCUCUCUCAGCACACGUGGGCCUCCAGAUGGACAGCCCUGCUGGGGAAACUCCACCGAACCCAACUUGUACCGCACUGCCUCGUGUGGGGUUGUGGACCCUAGUCCUGUGCCCAAUCGACCCCAGCAAUGGGACACUAUAGCAGAGAGACCGUCACUCACUCAGGACGCAGUGUAUUGCAGUGGGUUAAAUUCGACACAACGCUCCCAGAGCAGUCACCACCCCAGCUCUCACACAUGUCAGCAACUCCACAAACGGUACACAACCUUGGGCUCUACUUCUUCCAGAGAGAGCCUAGAUGUAGAGACGCAUUCUCAUGGAGAUGAGCUCGCCAGUCAUGCAGAAUUCAUUAAUGCUUGCAGGCAGAUAGAUGCCCUCAGUGUCUGCAGUGAAACAAUUGACUUAUAAGCCAAAAGUUCACAAUUAACAUUCAACUAAUACCCUGCGACCCAAAACAUCGAAUCGAAUCUUAAUAUGCUCAAAGUAUACCACAAGACUUUAGAUGGCAUUUGGUUUUAAAUGCACCUAACAAUUAUCCUGAAAAAAGUAGAAAGAGUCUACAAUGGGCUUAUUAUGCAUCUUUUAGCUAUAAAGCUAGCACUUAUGAACGUUGUUUUAUAAUAAGAGGUUGGUAUUUGGUGUUAUAGAAUCAUUUCAUACAGCUGCUUUUCUUAAUCACACAUUUGGCAACAUUUAUGAUAGACAUGAUAUAUAGUCUUUAGCAAAAGGCAGCAUUAAGACAUUUGAAAAACCCUUUCAAAUGCUAAAACCAUGCUAAUCAGCGAUUGUAUUGGCAUUUAAAUGCAUUUUAAAAGUUUGACAUCAAGUUAAUUGACAUCAUGUCACCAAAACAGUAGUUGAUUAAAAUAUAGUCAAUCUUCAACAUAUCAAUCACACUGCUCUGGUUUUGCUUCAGCACCCAGAUACUACUUUGGGUAUCACGGUUGUUCAUUUUGGAGGUUUAUAAGGAUGGGGGUCACCUGUCCAUGUUGGCAUUUGCUUUAACUCCUGUUCUACCUAGCAACAGAUGGAUUUUUGGCUAAAUACUCUGGAGUUUGAUUGGAUGCACAGCAUUUGUCAACAUGACAAAUGGGAAGUAGGAUUGGGAAAUAAUAUUGAUUUUCCGAUGAGCUGUGAUCUGCACUUGAAUGAUCUCGAAACCAAUUCUUAAAUCUUAACGAUUGAUCUUUUACUAUAUGCGCAGCUCUUCUUAAAUAUGAGACCAAAUCUCAUGCUAUGCGACUAAAAUGUCUGCGAUAAGGCCACUGGCUGGUAAAUGUUCAGAUUUCACUCACCAGUGAUUGAGAAGUAUAUUAGCUAAGAAGUUCAGCAUCGUUUCAUCGUGUGUUGUGUAAUGUGUCCAAAGACGGUAUCCAUGCAAUCAGUCUGGCAUUGAAUAAUGUCUCUUAAUAUCCUUUCUGUCCUUUACAGCCAAUUGACCAAAAAUAUAUAACAAAUAUAAAAAUUUAAUUCUAAUCACGAAUAGCACGGAUGAGGUAAGGAAGCCAUUGGAGUCCUCUCUCAUUAAUAUGUGCUCAUUUACAGAAAUGCUGGUUUUCUUAAAGAGACAGUACAGAUUUUUAGCACAUUCUACAAAUCAAUGCAAAUACGUGUAAAUAGUAUAAAUUGUACUUGAAAGAAUCAACAUGUAACAAAAUAUAAUAUAUGCAAUAUAUAUACUAUUUAUUGACGGAAGACAUGGGUUUUUACACUUUUAAAACGCUCAAAUGUGACCUAAAUGAUGAAAAACAAAUACAAAUAUAAUUUGUAAAAUGUAUAUUUUCACAAUGUACCUAGUUAAAAGUUCCCCUGUAUAAUUGACAGCAUUAGCUGGGAGAGAAUUUCAAAAAAAGGGACAUUAUAUGUGAAAUAUACCAAUAUGAAACAAUAUUGAUUCGAAUCGGGAAAUCUGCAUCUAUACCCAGCCCUGAUGGGAAGUGUUUUCUCCUUGCUUUUAAACGUUAAUAAGACCAUUUAUUAUUAAUAUGCUACUUUAACAACUGUAUGUAAGGCAUAAUGAUCAGUCAGUGGUUGUUAUCGAAAAAUAAACCCGUCAAGGUGGUCAAGACUGAAACGCGAAGCUGAGGGGUCUUACUCUGUCAGGGUUUAUUUUGUGAUCUCACUGCUCAUUAUCCUGCUUAUUACAAUACUACUCGCAAAAUAAAUAAAUAACUGCACAAGAAAUAUUGACUUGAGUUGAACUUAUUGUAUUAGCUUAAGGGCCAGAUCUAGGGUGGUGCUGGGGAGGGCUUCCAGCUCAUUUUGUUUAGGGUUAGCACCAUGAAGAUAUAAUUCGAUCUUUGCUUUACUUUUCCACUGCACGGUACAACUCGACUCAACUUGACUCUGCUCGCUUUUUUGGGGGUUUUCCACUGUGGAUAGUACCUGGUACCUGAUACUCUUUUUAGUACCACCUCGAUCGAGGUUCCAAGCAAGCCGAACCGAUACUAAAUGUGAUGUCAAAAUCCUGCAGAUCACUGAUUGGUCUGAGAGAAUCGUCACUACUGGCGUCACUGGAUUUCCGACACGUGACAUCAACCCGCUAGUUCUAAAGUUAGCAACAGCGAUAGCAGUAUAAUUUGUUCAUGCGACUUUCGAAUUGUAAAAAGAAAUGGCUGUGCGCAAAACCACGCCGUGGUCAAUAAACAAGAUGCAGAUGGUCCACUCAUUAGCGAUGAACGAAACGAAAAAGUCUCUGAGGAAGUGUCUCCGCUGUUGACCGCACACGGCUACCACCGGACCUACCAACAGUGUAGGGAAAAGUUAUAAACGCUUAAAAGUGACGACCGAACCAUCAAGGAAAAGUGGAGGUGGUUUGACCAAAUGGACGCUAUCUAGACCGGCGAGCAAUGGGAGGGAGAGUGCCCUGGACUGGUGUUGAUCCACGAUGGAGGAUGGUACGUUUUGUUAUGUUAACUCUAUACUCUUCUUGCAAGCUUCACUUUAUUUAGUUGAGCAGCUACUGGAAGCUUCUAAAACAACCAGGCCAAUUUAACAGUUACACUUGUGUAAAAUCACCAUGCAACAACUGCUUUAUGCAGCACAAUGAGCUAGUAGCUAACAGCUAGCGGUCGUGUUAUUGUUUAUGGUCAGUAAUGUUUGUGUCGCUUUUAAGAUGAUGUCACAGCAGUAGAGGCGGCGCAACUAUGGCGAUCAGCCUUUAAUCCCACCCACGUUGAGGCGGCACUAAACUGCAGUGGAAAUGCAAGAAAUGUAAAAGCAAAGCAUGUAGAGUCGAGUCGAGUCAAGCCGUAACUUGCCGUGGAAAAGUGCCUUUAUAACCCCACCCCUUUUUGGAGUUGUCCUAGCCCCAUUAUGGAGUAACUCCACCCCUUUUCGGAG